CGCUUUCAAGCUGAAUGAUUGGCUUUCCUCUUCCCAGCCCAGAGCUCUGAUCAACCAAACACAGUUAACCCCUUUGUUACCAACAACAAAGCUUGUUACCAAGGUGCUCGCUGGUUCUAUAAAUACAGACAAACUACCACCGAGACACAAAGCAAGAUUUCUGACGCAGAUCCUUAACGUCAGCCUGAAGAAACUGCAAUAAUGCGUGAAUGCAUCUCAGUCCACGUUGGCCAAGCAGGUGUCCAGAUGGGCAACGCUUGCUGGGAACUAUACUGCCUAGAGCAUGGGAUCCAGCCUGAUGGACAGAUGCCCAGUGAUAAAACCAUUGGAGGGGGAGAUGACUCGUUCAACACCUUCUUCAGUGAGACUGGGGCUGGCAAACAUGUUCCCCGUGCAGUCUUUGUUGACCUGGAGCCCACUGUCAUUGAUGAGGUACGUACAGGUACCUACCGCCAGCUCUUCCACCCUGAGCAGCUGAUCACGGGAAAGGAGGACGCUGCCAACAACUAUGCUCGUGGUCACUACACCAUCGGCAAAGAAAUCAUUGACCUGGUACUUGACAGGACACGUAAACUGGCUGAUCAGUGCACUGGUCUCCAAGGUUUCCUAAUCUUCCACAGUUUUGGAGGUGGAACCGGCUCUGGUUUCACCUCCCUGCUCAUGGAGCGCCUCUCUGUUGACUAUGGGAAGAAGUCCAAGCUGGAGUUUGCCAUCUACCCUGCUCCCCAGGUGUCCACUGCUGUAGUGGAGCCUUACAACUCCAUUCUGACCACCCACACCACCUUGGAGCACUCUGACUGUGCCUUCAUGGUGGACAAUGAAGCCAUCUAUGAUAUCUGUCGUAGAAACCUGGACAUUGAGCGUCCCACCUACACCAAUCUCAACAGGCUGAUUGGUCAGAUUGUCUCUUCUAUCACAGCCUCUCUACGUUUUGAUGGGGCCCUGAAUGUGGACCUGACAGAGUUCCAGACCAACUUGGUGCCCUAUCCUCGUAUCCACUUCCCCCUGGCCACCUAUGCGCCGGUCAUCUCUGCUGAAAAAGCCUAUCACGAAAUGUUAUCUGUAGCUGAGAUCACCAAUGCCUGCUUUGAGCCAGCCAACCAGAUGGUAAAAUGUGACCCACGUCACGGCAAGUACAUGGCCUGCUGCCUCCUGUAUCGUGGUGAUGUUGUUCCCAAAGAUGUCAACUCUGCCAUCGCCACCAUCAAGACCAAGCGCACCAUCCAGUUUGUGGACUGGUGUCCCACUGGCUUUAAGGUUGGUAUCAACUACCAGCCACCAACUGUGGUGCCUGGAGGAGAUCUGGCCAAGGUGCAGAGGGCUGUGUGCAUGUUGAGCAACACCACCGCCAUUGCUGAGGCCUGGGCCAGGCUUGACCACAAGUUUGACCUGAUGUACGCCAAGAGGGCCUUUGUACACUGGUAUGUAGGAGAGGGCAUGGAGGAGGGGGAGUUCUCAGAGGCCAGAGAAGACAUGGCAGCCCUGGAGAAGGAUUAUGAAGAAGUGGGCACAGACAGCGUAGGUGAUGAGGGGGAAGAGGAAGGAGAGGAAUAUUAGAGUCGCCAACUCCAGUGAAGAACAACUGUGAAGAACAACAUUGUAUAGGGAGUGAAGGGGGGAAACUGUAUGAUGUUGAUCUAAAAUGUCUCAACUAUACAAAAUGAAAGUUCAAAAUCACAAGUCAACUAGACUUGUUUUAUUCAAAACCAGAAUUGUAGCAAUUAUUUUUAACGUUCCAUUCCUUUGGACAUUGGUCAUUUUUGUAUGAGAUGCUAAAUGGGGGAAAAUAAAACAUUGUCAAUGACCAACAA